AUGGGACUUUAUCAGGUUGAGCGAACGCCGCUACGGAUUCUCGAUUCCGUAGCAGUGAAUGACCCCGAGACACUCUACUGUAUCCAACCAGUAUCGUCCGAUAUUUCAGAAGGAUGGGUGAAUAUUGAUUUUGAGAAACUUGUCAAUGCGAUCAACCGCACGGCGUUGUGGAUUCGAGAAAAUGUCGCAUCUUCAAAUGAACCAGAGACUAUUGCCUACGUUGGAGCAAAUGACAUCCGUUAUACCGCAUUCAUCUUUGCUUGUAUGCGACUAAGACACACUGCCCUCCUUCUUUCAACAAGGAACUCGGAGCAGGCAUCGCGACAUGUCCUAGCAGCCACGAAUUCUUCCAAGGUUGUAUACAGCUCGGAGAAAGCGCGUCAGAUCGAGGAAUUGAAAACAGCGGAUCCAUCCUUGAUAGCUGUCAAAAUACCAGAAUUGUGGGAGCUAUUCGAUCGCGACGGAAACACUCCCUCCCCUGGCAUCAAGGAGCCCCUUGAGGAUGACGAGGAUCGUGUGGCAAUCUACAUCCACAGCUCAGGAACAACAGGAAUGCCCAAACCAGUCCCGAUGACAAAUGGCUACCUCCAGACAAUUGAAAUGAUUGGUUCGUUACCAGUUCCGGAGGGCCGGCGGGCUAGUUUUGCACCUGUUGCAGGCAAGGGAAAGUUACACUUUUUUAUGAGCCCUUUCUUUCAUCUGAUGGGAAUUAUCGGCAUGAUGAUACCUAUUUCGCAUCUCACCCCAUUCGUUCUUGGCCCAGAGAGGCCUUUAACGGAUGAAAUGCUUGAUCAAAUUCUCAGGGAGACUGAACCCAAGAUAACUAUCAUGGGGUCAUCUAUUCUAGAUGACAUGAGCAAGUCAGACCUCGGAUUGAACUGCUUAGCCAAGUUUGAAUAUGUCAGUUAUGGAGGCUCGCCAUUGGCUUCAGAAGUCGGAAACCGUAUCGCAGAAGUCGUGCGGCUCCAGUCGGUACUGGGAACAAGCGAAUGCUCUAUUUUCCCGAGCCUUAUAUCCGAAGACAAGAAAGACUGGAAUUAUCUCGAGUUCAACCCCCAUUAUGGCUCGGAAAUGCAGGAUGUCGGCGAUGGACUUUACGAGCUCGUUGUUCAGCGAGGUCAAGAUCGCAAGAGCAAAGCAGUCUUCCAUACAUUCCCGGACAAGACUGAGUACCGCACUGGCGAUCUAUUCUCCGCUCACCCAACAAGAGAUGGACUGUGGCUCUAUGCUGGUCGCCAGGAUGACCUCAUCGUUCUGAGCAACGGAGAAAAGUUCAAUCCCACUGCAACCGAAGAGACAAUUUCAAGUCAUCCACUCGUGAACCUUGCUUUGGUAGUUGGGCAAGGGCAUUUCCAAGCUGCUGCAAUUUUAGAGCCAAACUGGUCACUUUGGAAUGGAGAGCCAAGUUCCCUGAUUGAUGAGAUCUGGCCUUUGGUUAAAAAAGCGAAUGAAGCCGCUCCCGGUUAUGCUCAGCUUAUGAGAGAGCGUAUCACCAUUUCGUCUCAAUCAAAGCCAUUCCAGCUUACUCCAAAGAAUACCAUCAAGCGACGUGCUACAGUAAGUGACUAUGCAGAGGAGAUCGAAGCUCUUUAUGAGACUGGAGAUCAAAUAAACGUCGAUCAACUCGCAAAAGACACUCCUCGCACGGAUGUUGCGGCAUUCAUAACACAGGUUUUGUCGGACAUUUUGGAGGGGCAGGUAGCUGAUGAAAAUGCCGACAUUUUUGCUUUAGGAGUUGACUCCCUUCAAACACUCCGUCUAGGUCAAAUCCUUCAGGCUUCUUUGCAAUCCACACGUCCGGACUUGAAAGCGGCCUUUGGUAACUCGCAACUUUACUCUCGUCCAACCAUCGUGCAGCUCACCGAUUACGUAUAUGAUCUUCUCCAAGGAAAUGACUCUGGAUCCACGGAAGAAGUUGUGGAAAGUGAUGAGGACCGCGAGGCUAGGAUCGCUGAGCUUGUCGGGAAAUAUUCGGGCGACGUUGGCGUAGGUCACGCUGUUAUUCUCACAGGCUCCACAGGUUCACUCGGCGCCUAUCUUCUGCACGAGCUUCUUCGAGAUCUCAGCGUGUCGAAGAUCUACUGCCUUAAUCGGUCUGAUGAUGCCGCCCCAAGACAACUGCAAAGCCUCCGUGAAAAGGGCCUUGUGGGUUUCAACAAGUUCCCACGACGAGUAGAAUUCCUCCAAGCACGUUUUGGCGAUGAAAGGCUCGGACUGGAUGAAACGAAAUAUGACGAGCUUUUGGAAAAUGUCGAUACAAUCAUCCAUAACGCUUGGAAAGUGAACUUCAAUCACAGAGUUGAGGCCUUCGAGCAACCUCAUAUUGAGGGCGUUCGUCGACUGGUUGAUUUCAGCCUUUCCAGCGAACGAAAUGCCCAUAUCCACUUCAUCUCAUCAAUUUCGACUAUCGAGGGCUAUAGCCAAGGCCCAUCAAUUCCUGAAAUUAUUUUCAAUGACCCUAGCUCUGUUCUUCGCCAGGGAUACGGCGAGUCAAAGCACGUUUCCGAGCGGAUCUGCGCGACAGCUUCGGCAAAAUGCGGUGUCCCGACUAGCAUUCAUCGAGUUGGUCAGAUUGGAGGUCCGACAACAGAAAAGGGGAUGUGGAAUAAACAGGAAUGGGUGCCAUCCUUGGUCGCGUCCUCGAAGACGAUUAAGCAAAUUCCGAACUCGCUUGGAUCAGUCUCCGUACAAUGGGUCCCGGUGGAUGUCACAGCCAAGGUCAUCACGGAUAUUGUUCGUACACGACGCAUUACUCAGGAGGAGGAGCUAUGUGCUGCCUUCCAUAUUGUCAACCCCAGGACCGCAGCUUGGGAAUCCCUGAUUCCUGCUGUCACAAAGUACUUCGACGUCGAGCUGGUUGAUGUUCACACAUGGGUUAAGACCCUCGAAGGCUUUACGAGCCCUACUGAGAACGAUCUCAAAGACAAGCCCGCUCUCAAGAUUCUAGACUUUUUCAAGGCAAUUACAUACAGUGAUGAAGCUGGGCCAUGGACUGAGACAUCCAAAACGCAGAUUGCAAGUAAGACCCUGAGAGAUUUGAAGGAGAUCGAUGCUAGCCUAUUCGAGAAGUGGAUGAAUCAGUGGGACUUCUAA